GUCUGCACUCUAGCAAACCCUCCCACUUCAAACAACACUGGCAGUACUAGCACGGAUCCCUCCUGUUCCCACACGCAAAUUCCAUUUUCACACCGGCUGCCUACUCCAGGCAUGGCUGACGGCUGUACCCAGUCAUGGCACUGCGACAUUACACCCUCGACUUCAACCUCUCAGCGCCAGAAAUGCCCCUCCCCCUUUUCUGUUUAGCAGACUGUCCAACGACUGUGCAUGGGCUGCAGUCUAUAUUUCAAGAACAGGAAAUGACAGAGACUGUCCAUGACACUGAGGGACAUGGAUAUCUUGCUACCUUCAUUGGCAAGAAUGGCAGGUUGGUUAUUCUGCGUGUGACCGCCCAUGGCCUGCUUACCAUUGAUCUGCAGUGUUGUGAAGGAGAUAACAUUGUACAAGUAGAGAAUCUUUUGAAUACACUGGAAGAGAAGCUGAGAAGUCUCCUACAUGGAAUCAUUAAGAGGGUCAAGAGGCUCCCAGCUCUGACACGAGGUGCAGCUGUUGAUCGAUACUGGCCCACAGCAGACGGCAGACUGGUGGAGUAUGACAUAGAUCGGGUUGUAUAUGAUGAGGACUCUGCAUACCAGAACAUAAAGAUCAUGCACUCACAGCAGUUUGGCAAUAUCCUGAUCCUCAAUGGGGAUGUUAAUCUGUCAGAGAGUGACCUGCCCUACACCCAGGCCAUCAUGGGCAGAGGGCAAGAGAACUAUGCAGGGAAGGAGGUGCUGAUCUUAGGAGGCGGCGAUGGAGGAAUCCUCGCAGAGGCCGUCAAACUCAAGCCAAAGAUGAUCACCAUGGUGGAGAUCGACCAAAUGGUGAUUGAUGGGUGUAGAACACACAUGAGGAAGGCAUGUGGAAGUGUUCUGGACAACUUGAAGGGAGAAUGUUACCAGGUGUUGGUAGAGGACUGCGUUCCUGUUCUAAAAAAGUAUGUUGAGGAAGGGAAGACGUUUGAUUACGUCAUCAAUGACCUCACAGCGGUCCCCAUCUCCACAGCGCCAGAGGAGGACUCUACAUGGGAGUUCCUACAGCUUAUCUUGGAUCUCUCAAUAAAAGUACUGCGUCCUACUGGGAAGUACUUCACACAGGGUAAUAGUGCCAAUCUGACUGAGACACUGGCUCUUUAUGAGGAGCAGCUGGGAAGGCUCUCAUGUCCUGUAGACUUCUCCAAGGAGGUGGUGUGUGUGCCCUCUUAUAUGGAACUGUGGGUUUUCUACACCGUUUGGAAGAAGUGAAGAGCCCCCCCGGUCUCCUCCGUACGCUGCCUGCCGGAAUGUGAAAACUGUCCACCCCCCCCAUUGUCCGCCGUCGCACUGAGGGGAGAGAUGACCCCCCCCCCCCCAUCUCUACUCACACGGUUUUGUUAUCCUUCCAUGUCCAACUCUCUCUUAAACCCCUUUUACAUCUUAAUUGUAUAAUUUUAUGUCUGAACUUACAAGAGAUUGUAUUUCUGUUAGUUGGAUAUUUUGAAUUGGACUGUUGUUUUUGUUUUUGCGUGUGCCCUCCAGGGAGAGCUGUGGGGCUGACCGUGUAGGGCUACUGCCACUGGUCUAGGGUUUAGACUUCUCUGACUAUAGCCUGGUCCCAGACCUGUCUAGGUUUGAGACUUCUCUGACUAUAGCCUGGUCCCAGACCUGUCUAGGGUUUAGACUUCUCUGACUAUAGCCUGGUUCCAGCUCUGUCUAGGUUUGAGACUUCUCUGACUAUAGCCUUGUCCCAGACCUGUCUAGGGUUUAGACUUCUUCUCUGACUAUAGCCUGGUCCCAGACCUGUCUAGGGUUUAGACUUCUCUGACUAUAGCCUGGUUCCAGACAUGUCUAGGGUUUAGACUUCUCUGACUAUAGCCUGGUCCCAGACCUUUCUAGGGUUUAGACUUCUUCUCUGACUAUAGCCUGGUCCCAGACCUGUCUAGGUUUGAGACUUCUCUGACUAUAGCCUGGUCCCAGACCUGUCUAGGGUUUAGACUUCUCUGACUAUAGCCUGGUUCCAGACCUGUCUAGGGUUUAGACUUCUCUGACUAUAGCCUGGUUCCAUACCUGUCUAGGUUUUAGACUUCUCUGACUAUAGCCUGGUUCCAGACCUGUCUAGGGUUUAGACUUCUCUGACUAUAGCCUGGUUCCAGACCUGUCUAGGGUUUAGACUUCUCUGACUAUAGCCUGGUUCCAGACCUGUCUAGGUUUUAGACUUCUCUGACUAUAGCCUGGUUCCAGACCUGUCUAGGGUUGAGACUUCUAACUAUAGCCUGGUUCCAGACCUGUCUAGGUUUUAGACUUCUCUGACUGUUGUGUAGUUGUCAUGCCAUACAUGUUACAUGUUUUAUACAUAGCAGGGCUACAAUUCUCAGAGGAGUUGGCUAAAUAUCAUACAAGUCUGGGACCAGGCUAUAGUCGGAGGUCUAAAGCCUAGACAGAUCUGGGACCAGUAUUUAAACACUUUUGGUACACUUACCCCUCAGGGUGUUGUUACUUUUCAAAUUUGACUUAAAAGAGCACCAACAUACAAUAUACUUUUGGGUUGUGAUUGUGUGAUUGGACAUGUGCUCGCCGUAGUUUCAAAUGAAUGUCUGUGCGUUUGAUUGUUUUUCUUCUUUUGUUGUAGCUAACUGGCUUGAGUGUGAUUUGAUUCCCAGUCAUUUCCAAGUGUGACCCUGCCCAUUGAGGCUGAAGUGUCCAAAUGUGUUUUUCAAAGGGAAAAAGGCCCUCCUUUGUGGCGGUUUCUUGCUUGUACUGCUUUAAUGUGAAUUGUGUUUUUAUUAUUUAGCACCUCUAGCUUCUCCUGCUGGAUCUUAUUUUACAUAUUCAGUUUAGAAUUUUUCUCUAAGUUUGUUUAGUGCAUGUGCUGGAAAUUUAAAUAUUUUAAUUGAAUGUAGCUUCCCAUAUACACAGUGCAACUUCAUGCCUUUGAUCAAUAUUGUGGUGCUUUGUUAAAUGUAUUUAUUUUAUAUAAUUUCACCAAAUGCUGUUUUAUCCAAAAUACUUUUUUGUUCAGCAGUGACUACCUGCUAUUAAAAAUGAGUUGGAGAAGAAAAUGUUUUUCUUGAUUCAGAGGAGUAUAUCAGAUAUCUUAGCUAGCAGUCACAACUGACAGACAAUUUGGGGUUUUCUACUGAAAGUCCAGAAUCAUACCAAUGCAAACAUGAAGAGCAAACUCAAUACUUUGAAUACAGAUUUGCUUGCAUUUCCCAUGUACUUCCUUUUGAAAUUCAUUCUACCAUGAGAAAUGUUGAUUUCAAUAAAACUUCCCCUUUGUUAACACAAACUUCAAUCAUUUGAUUACCCUGCUCCUGAUGUCUACGGACGCUGUAAAAUUGUGUCCUUAGUUUUUUAUUCGAGGUGUAGAGAACCAAUCAAGUUAUCUACCAACCACAUGAUGAUGUUGUAGUAGACACUCUUAUCCAGUGACUUACAGGAGCAAUUAGGGUUAAGUGCCUUGCUCAAGGGCACAUCGGCAGAUGUUUCACCUGGUCCGCUCAGGGAUUCAAACCAGCAACCUUUUUGUUACUGACCCAAUGCUCUUAAUCACUAAGCUACCUGCUGAAUGUGCUGAUCAAGCUGCUGAAAUGACACUUCCAACCUGGAGCAAUGCUUGUAUUCUGGGAAGCUGCUGUAUACACCUAAUAAGAUUGCAAUUUUAAUUGCAACAUUACACCACAGCGCACACACCUGUGUGUGUCGUCACAACUCUUUCCUCUCUGUUUUAACUGUAUUUGCCCCACCUUUCCUGCAUCUUUCCCCUAGAUCGGUCUUUUGUGGCGCCAUGAAUAAAGCAUUUGACAUUG